AUGACAACAUUUGUAAACGAGAUUUGUGGUCUCAUCGAUUCUUACGGCGGUCGGGAUGUCCUGAUGGAGGCGCUGUGUCAAAGUGCCAAGUUGGUGGCAGGAUAUCAUGCGAAGCGAAAUUCAGCGCUGGCCCAAAAAUGUGCCACCAUCAGCUCGAAAAUCUCGGGAGCCAGGUCCACUCUGCGACUGAUCGACGACCUCCCCAUGAUACAGUACACCUUGGAGUACGGAUUGGGCGAGGGUGAACCCGAUCGUAUUACAGCCCUACUGGCGGUGAUGUCCAACGCGGUGGACGUGAUCUUCUAUCCCAUUGAAAUUAUCUGCUGGCUGGCCGAUAACAAGGUGCUGGAUUUGAGAAACAAAAACACCUGGAGCUAUGUCAGCUCCAUCUUCAGUGUCCUCUCUGUGUACCUGAACCUCGUGAGGACAUUGCGCACUUAUUCGAUGAAUCGCGACAAGCUGAACCGCCAGGAUGUGGUGUCCUUCGCUCGCAUCUCCCUCGAUCUUGUCCAUGCCAUCAGCAUUCUGCCCAGAGGUUACUUGUGGGGCGGCAAAUUGUCAGCCCUUCAGUUGGGGACGAUCGGAACCCUCUCAGCGGGACUGGGAAUCUACCAGAUCUUGUCUAAAAUAGGACUUAACCUGUAGGAGCUCCCACCAAUGUGCUCGAAUUUGCUAAGCAGAAUUUUGAAAUAGUCUUUUAUGUACGGCUAGGUGCCUUGAGUUGAAUGGAUUAUUUUUUUUAACGCCCUAAGUAUAUAUUGUUAAGUUAUCUUCAACAAAUAUGGAAAAAAUCACAGUAAACA